UGGCCAAUGGGAGCGCGCGGCGGAGGGUGAAGGGCAGGCUAGCGUCGUCGACGCACGGACGUACGGCCGCUCGCUCGCUCCCUGCGACGCCAUCAAAUGAUGCUGUUUGGAAAAAUUUCCCAGCAGUUGUGUGGCUUAAAGAAACUCCCAUGGUCAUGUGAUUCCAGAUACUUCUGGGGCUGGCUGAAUACAGUGUUUAAUAAAGUGGAUUAUGAACGCAUCCGGGCUGUUGGCCCUGACAGAGCGGCUUCUGAGUGGCUGCUGCGCUGUGGGGCCACAGUCCGUUACUGUGGCCAGGAGAGGUGGCAGAAGGACUACAACCACCUCCCAACAGGCCCCCUGGACAAAUACAAGAUUCAAGCGAUCGAUGCGACAGACUCUUGUAUCAUGAACAUUGGAUUUGAUCACAUGGGUAACUACCCUGUCGUUUGCUUACAGAAAGUGCAGGUAAACAGAUGCUUCUUGGAUUUCUGCAAUAAACAGUUGUCUCCUCUCCUCCCACAAGCGCCCACUGUUUCCCGAACCAGCCACAGUGUAAAUGGAGUCUCUGGAGCAGCAUUUGCCAACCUGCCCUUGGCUAUUUAAAGCUAUUGUGCUCCAGUCACAUGCUGGAGGCCACCAGGAGUAGCAGUAGAAACGGGGGAACACUGCCCGCUGUCAGGCAGACAAACAGGCCAGUUUUGGAGCCCUCACAGGCAGGAACUAAGAAUUCAGAGCAGCCUGCCAGGCUGAGCAGAAGAGAGGACCCCAGUGUGCUGUGUGAUAAAGAUGCCAGUGUGAGCCCAGCACUGCGGCCAUCACCCAGGCUCAGCUAAAUGACACAGUCCAGUGCUGCGGGCAGCUGCAGGGCACAGUGUGACUUAGACUGGGAACCAGACCUCAACCACUCUUGAUUGUGCACUGACUGACCACUGAUGAGAAGACACUCGGGUUUGCCGUUCCCCAUAUUCAACAGCAGAAAAAUCCUAAAGCAAACUUGUCCUUGGCCUUGAGAGUGUCAUCUCUCAUCCCGACAAGUGAAGUAGCUCUCCGGCCCUUGCUGUAUGUUCACUGUGACAUCGCUGGGGACUGAUGUGACAAGGCUGACAGGCUCUGCUGUCUCAGCAACAAUGCUGGGGAUGAGGCAGCUAUGCAGGGCCCAUCCCACCUGCUGAGCCAGUUUCCCAGCUUUGGAGCUGGCCUCCCCGGAGGGCUAUGACCCGCACAGGGACUGUGGCACAGAUGUUCAGCCACCGCAGCCCCCCACGCUGCGUCUUCCUGUGUUUCUGUCAACAGGAAAUCUCCUGCAGGACAGUCUCGGGGAUCUAUGGGAAGCUUUCUGCAUUUAUGAAACCAGGGCUGUUUCUGAAGCUUCCCCAGUACACAAUUGAACAGGAAAUUGCUAAGGGAUAUUCGGAGCAGAGCUGGGAAUGUCCAGGGCACAAGGGAGCCAGCUGGGCCACCUCCCAUAUACCGGGUGUCAUUCCUGCCUUCCAGUCCCAACAUGACCCACUUUUCCUACUGCUACUGCUGUGGGAGGGGAGGUGGUGAGGAAGUGGUAGUCGUUGCCGUGGGAGAAGCCCAGAGAUAACUGCAAGGGCAAGGGACAGGGAGAACUUCUAGCCAGGACGGAGCAAACCUAGGGUUAGUUUCAAUCUGAGAGGACCGUCCUCAGCCACUAGGAACCCUGGAUCUCACUGCCCUCAAAUAUGCUCUGAAAUGCUUUAUGUGUGCUUGGGAUCGAACUUGAAACCUCAUGCAUUCCGGCGUGAGCGCUAGCACUGAGCUACAUCCCCAGCUUAUUAGAAGACAUUAAAAUAUAUAUAAACAUAUAGCCACAAGGAAUGAAAACAGUACCCCAAAAAUCUCACCAUGAAGAGAUACCCACUGUUUAUAUUUUGGUAUAUAUCCUUGCUUCCAUUUAUUUAUUUAUUUUUAAUUUUUUUUUUGGU